AUGUAUCGACGCUUUCCCGUCCUCACUCCAUACGAAGACGACCCCAACAUCACGGGACCGUUCCUCGGCAGGAUCGAACAGGGCAGAUGGUCUCGUGGCUCGUGGCUCGUCCGCCCGCCAGAUAACGCCCUCUUCCUCUCCCUCCCGAGCCUUUCCAACACCGGAAGACGUGAGGGGUCCUGA